AUGUCAGACCGAACCAAAGCGGGCUCACCGUUCAGUUCGCGAAUCGGCGGAAUUAUGUCUGGGCUGAGCCCGAAAUCGCUCAAGACACGCACGAAAGGCGACGAUUUGUCUUCGGCGCUGUCUUCGCUGCAGAUUGGCGACGCAGGUCUCCCGACUCUCAGCGAGGACGACAGGCGCAAACUCAGCGACCCUAAAGUAACGCGGCUUGCUCGGGUCACGCAAAUGUACUUUCUGGAAUACUAUUUUGAUUUGCUAAACUAUAUCAAGGCGCGGCGGGGCCGUUACGCUAAAAUGCACCAGGUCACUUUGCCCGGUAUGGCGGAGGCCGAGCGUCCAUUGGCCCUGCGCUCUUAUUACGGCCGGGAGCGGGCAUUGCUACGCAAGCGCCGAACAAAAUUGCAUUACGGUGACUUUGACAUCCUCACACAGGUUGGCCAGGGCGGAUACGGCCAGGUCUACUUGGCUCGCAAGCGGGAUAGUAAAGAAGUCUGCGCGCUUAAAGUUUUGAGCAAAAAGCUACUUAUCAAAUUGGACGAAAUUGGCCACAUUAUGACCGAGCGCGAUAUUCUUACGCAGGCCUCGCAAUCCGAAUGGCUGGUAAAGCUGCUGUAUUCUUUCCAGGACCCAGACAACCUCUAUUUGGCCAUGGAGUUUGUGCCUGGCGGUGAUUUCCGCACUCUGCUCAACAACACUGGCACCCUGAAUGCUCGCCACACUAGAUUUUACAUGUCAGAGAUGUUUUUGGCUCUUGACGCGCUCCAUCAGUUGAAUUUCAUCCAUCGCGACUUGAAACCAGAGAACUUUCUCAUUACUGCCGAGGGCCACAUCAAACUCACAGACUUUGGCCUUGCCGCAGGAAAGAUCUCCGACCACCGUAUUGAAAGUCUCCGGAAGAGACUAGACGAAGCCAAGCAAUUCAACGUUCCUUACUUAUCGGUCAAACAGCGUCAAGACGCCUAUCGCACCGCCCGCAUGGCCGAGAUUGAUUAUGCUUCUUCGGUGGUUGGCUCGCCCGACUAUAUGGCCCUCGAGGUGCUCCAGGGCCACAACUAUGACUAUACAAUCGACUACUGGUCGAUGGGCUGCAUGCUGUUUGAAGCAUUGGUAGGAUAUCCUCCGUUCUCUGGUCGGUCGAGUGAAGAGACGUACGCCAAUUUGCAGAACUGGAAAAAGGCAUUGAGGCGCCCCCAAUACGAGAAUGGCGAAUACGUUUUCAGCGACCGUACGUGGGAUCUGAUUCAACGCCUGAUCACCUCUCAGAGAUACAGACUGCGGUCGUUUUCCGAAGUCAGCAGCCACGCCUAUUUUGCCGACGUGGACUGGGCCAAUAUCAAAGACCAGCGGCCGCCAUUUAUUCCUGACCUGGACGGCGAAGACGACGCAGGCUACUUUGACGACUUUGACAACGAGGCAGAUAUGGCCAAAUACAAAGAAGUCCUAAACAAACGUGCCCACGUCGAGGGCCUGGCAGACCGGGGGAACCUGAGCUCAAGAGACUUUAUUGGAUUCACUUUCCGCCACGCCAAACCUGUGGCAUCCGAUAUCCCAGGAACUCUUCGGGGAGGUCUUGCCACUGAACCAUUCUCCACAAUACUGUGA